AUGGGUCUUAUAACCAAGAUACGUGAAUAUGACUUGUUUGCAAAACCUCUUGAUGAUUUUAGAAUUAAAACUUCUUUUGGUGGUUUAAUUAGUGUUUUAUCAUUUCUUACGAUAUCAAUAUUGUUUAUAACAGAAACAAUUUCAUAUAUUCAUGUUAAAACAAAAGAAAGUUUAUAUAUAGAUUAUACUCCUGGUGAUACAAAUGUUACAAUUUAUUUUGAUAUAUCUUUUCAUGGAUUACCUUGUGAUUUUUUAUCAGUUGAUAUACUUGAUCAAGGUGGGCAAAGUCAAGAAAAUAUUGUAGAUAAUGUAUAUAAAAUGAGAUUAGAUUCUGAUGGAAAUUUUAAAGCUAAUUCAGAGAUGAUUAAACUUCAAGUAAAUACAAAUCAUAGUAUUAUAACGGAAAAUAUUACAACAACAGAGGUAGCUAAAAACUAUUGUGGUAGCUGUUAUGGUGCUGCAAAUGGUUGUUGUAAUACGUGUGAAGAUGUCCGAACAGCCUAUGAAAUGAGGGGAUGGAGUAUCGAUGAUAUAGAUAAUGUUGAACAAUGUAAAAAUGAUCCAUUAAUUAAACUUUUAUCAGAAAGACAAGGUGAAGGUUGCCGUGUUAGUGGAAGGGCUAUGGUUGCUAAAAGUGGUGGAAAUUUUCAUAUAGCACCUGGUGAAGGUCAAAGUUAUAGAAGAAAUCAUAUGCAUUCAUUGAAAGGAAUAUCCAUAGACAGAUUUAACAUAUCUCAUACUAUUAAUCAUUUGUCUUUUGGAGAAAAUUUUCCUGAUAAAAAAUUUCCCCUUAACAAUAAAGUUUUUAUAGAUAAAAAUGGUGGUGUAAUGCAUAAUUAUUAUGCUAAAAUUGUCCCAAUAUCAUAUACCUAUAUAAAAAAUAAAUAUGAAAUAUUUUCAUAUCAAUUCUCAGCAACACAUAUAAAAAAAGAAGUUCAAAAAGCUCAAACUGGUUUACCAGGAUUUUUCUUUUUAUAUGAAUUUUCUCCAAUAAUGGUAAGAUAUGAAGAGUAUUAUGAUUCAUUUGGAGGAUAUGCAGUUAAUUUAUGUGCUAUUAUUGGUGGAGUAUAUACAGUUGCAGCAUUAUUAGAUUCAUUCGCUUACAAAUCUAUAAGGAUAUUAAAAAAGGAUACAUAA